AUGGGCCAGGAUGGAAACCUAAAGUGCUGCCCAGGAUUUGUCUGGAACAUAAAAGAAAAUAAAUGCAAACAAUGUGAUACUGGUACAAUUGGACCUCAUUGUGAAAUAGUUUGUCCGUAUCCAUGGUAUGGAAAGCAAUGCCUAUCAAAAUGUAACUGCAGUAAAGACCACUGUGAUACUGCUAACGGGUGUAUAGGGUGGACUACACAAGACUCGCUGGCGGGACAUUCAGCCACUUUAUCUCGUGCUGAAGGAUUUAACGACAUAACAGGGAAUGCCAACACUAGCACACAUAAAAAGAAAUCAAAGGAUAACAAACACGAUGGAUCUUUAAAAUACUUUAUAUUAAGCCCUCUUGUCGUGGGAUUCAUUUUGUGCUUGUUAUACGUAAGACUUGUUUUUCGUUGCCAUUUUGAACAUUCCUAGAUUGAAAAAUCCUACGAAAAGAAAAUUAACAUAGAAAGGAG